UUUUCCCUAACAGCACCUCUACAAGCAAACUGCUAUAUAUACAAGCAUUGAAUUGUACAAGCGAACUACAAGCGAUCUACAAGCUAAUCAUGAGAAAAUGCAAGCGAUUGCUGUUCUACAUGAUACUGGCAAUUACCAUAUGCUUUCCACUUCUGCUCUAUCAACUUUAUUCAAGAGAUAAUCAGCAUGGAAUAAACAAAAGAAUCAGUUCUCUCCCUAUUGUGCAAAAAAAAAUCUACUAUGAGAAUCAGCAAAUGGACUCUCACAUUGAAAUUGUAAUGGAUACAUCAAAUUUGCAAACUUACACAAGCUCCGAUCUUGCAACUGAACAUGCAGAACAAGAUCUCACAACUACGUUACCACGGCCAAGAGGAGUCGAUCAGGUUUUGGAGAAUGUACGAACAUGUCUCAAAGCUACGAAUAUGACUGAAAGUGCAAAUGAAGCCAUUGCUUUGGCAAAUGCUAAAGAAUUUUAUCAGCAGUACAGUAAAGUUAUUCCGACGGAGUUUUUGUCCAACUAUUCAAGUCAUUGUUGGAAGAUGAACUUCGACGUGGAAAUAUUUAAGAGAUUGUUCUACAAAGGACAAUUGGGAAAGUACCCCUUUAAAGGAAUUGGAAGGGGAGAGCAACAAACACUCGAAGACCAAAUAAUGUCUCUGAAAGAAGUCUUCAAAGGAAACUUCUCAUCUGAUGUCAUAUGCUUACCCAACGUCUUCUUAGCUGGUUUCCCCAAAUGUGGCUCAACGUAUGGCUUUUGCUUUCUGCGGUCUUUACUUCAUCUCAGCGCUGGCCUGCGAAUGGGAGCUCUUACUGAAGUUGUCAAGGAACCACAUUACUGGGUGAGAGUGAGAGUAUCAAAGCAUGUAAAAAUGCCUAAGCCAACGGAUCUUGCUGAGUAUGUUUUAAACUUUUUACCAGGACUCUUCAAGAUUAAUGCGCUGAAAAAUAAAGAAGUGGUUUUGAUUGACGGAACACCCAAUAUGCUCUUUGACUCGCCACGAUUUCAUGUAAAACAUUCAAACACUUCCAACUACUGCCUUCUGCCCUCAGCAUUUCCAGAGCUGCUCCCUAAGUCCAAGUACAUAGUUAUUAUGCGGAAUCCACUUAAAAUGCUCUAUUCAGCUUUCUGGUUUUCAUGCAUCACCAAAGGUAUAAAAGUACCAAGAAACGUUCAGUUGAUAGGACCUGAUCUCUUCCAUGACCGAAUAAAAGCAAAGAUGGAUCUCUUCAAUGAUUGUAUGCGGGAUCCAGACAAUUUGGAGAUCAGUAUGCCCUGCAAUCUUUAUGAUGAUUCUGACUAUGACUCUUGCAUCAAGAAAAGACUACAUUUACUUGACCAGUGUGUACAUACGAUUACAUUCAAUCUGUUUUCAAAGGAGCUACCAGAAUGUGGUAGAAGUCGAGUGGAAAUGGGCCUGUUUUACACGCAUAUUCGUAAGCUCCUCACUGUUGUGCCCAGGGAUAAAGUGAUGGCACUUACAUUGGAACAACUAGUAAAGGAGCCGGAAGUCAUUGCAGAACAGAUGCUUAAGUUUCUCGGAUAUCCUUCACCUAAAAGUAUUCUCAAUCAAGUGAAGUUAAUUACACACACUUGUACCAAGAACAGCCAAGAAACAAUUCCGUACAAGCACGACCCUCAACUGAAAAUGAGAGAAGAUACAAAAUCAAUGAUUCUGAAGUUUUACAAGCCAUUUAAUUCAUUAUUAGCUGGUUUGUUACAAGACAACAGGUUUUUAUGGAAUGAUUAAUAUAAGGAAAUGUACAUUGUUAAUCUAUUAGCUAAUCUAUAAUUACAUAUUCAUAAUUAUGAUGAUAUC